AUGUUUUCAUCAGCGUCCACUUCACUCUCGAGCCAAACGGCCGAGCCCGUCUACGAGCACGCGACCGCCGGAGAACGAGAGAGCAGCAGCGUCCUCGGAAAGCGCAAAGCCACCGACGAUCACGCGCCGGAACACCUCAAUCGCUCUCGCACCGACCCAACCAUCUCCGACAGCGACGCGUGCGAAGACUACCAGUUAUGUGACGACCUUUGGGACGCGCUCGCAGCGGCACUCCAAAAUUUCUACGGCGGGUCCAAACAAUCUGCGACGCGUCCGCAAUACGUGAACUUCCGCGGAACCUAUGCCAUCGUGGCCGACCCCAAAACCACGCUGUGGAAACGCGUCGAGCUCGUGUCGAAGGAUCUCCGAAGACUCGGAAGUUUGCCGCAUAGCGAGAUGACGGAGAGCGCGCGGCAGCACAGAGUGGGCUGCUGGACGGAGACAUACCAGUGCGACUGCAGUCGCGAGCGCAAGGCCCGUUUACCUCCACCCCCUCCAGCACCCUCACUCUCGGCUCCGAGUCCAUUCUCAAUACCGACGGCCACUCCACCAACACAGGCGUCGCAGAUGUUCAAGUUCACGCUCAACACUCCCCCAGCCACGCAACCGCCGACACCAUCAGCAAAGCCUGUGAAGCGCACGCAAAGCACGCUAGCGAACUGGCUCUCAAAAGCCAGCAAGACUAAGCCCGUGCCUACCGCCACCGACAUGCAGACAGGCGACAAGCCGUCCGAGUGUGGAGGAAGGCUGCAUAUUACAGUCGGGGAGGUAGAGCAUCCACUGGGUUACUUCAAAGGCCAGAGGAUCGUGGUCGUCCUGGAGCACCCUCGGGGGCUAUGAUGGGUGGGUGCCACAGGCGGUCGGUUGGUCCCAUGGCCGCCGUGCAGUCACACGGCGAUCGAAGAUUUACCUUCCCUGACAGUACUUACCGACUGGACCGCACGCAGGUUGCCGCCAUUGCUUCCCAAUGUAUCUUGACAUUUGACAC